UUGAAAGGUUACGUUCAUUGAAACGCGUACCUCCAGCGCUUGCAGCCAUGGCGGCGUACAGAGUCACUCCAGCUCUGCCCAGAGUUUUGCAUGCAUUCAAGCAUGUCUCCAUCAGGUCCAGACUCUGUGUCACAGCCUCUCGUGCUCAGUACUCCACUGUGUAUGACUCCAGUGAGCAGACGUUUGACAAGAUUCUCAUCGCCAACAGAGGAGAAAUUGCCUGUCGAGUGAUGAAGACGUGUAAGAAGAUGGGCAUCAAGACGGUGGCAGUGCACAGCGAUGUGGACUCCAGUGCGGUGCAUGUGAAAAUGGCGGACGAGGCGGUGUGUGUUGGCCCGGCUCCCAGCAAUCAGAGCUACCUCAACAUGGCCGCCAUCCUGGAGGCAGUGCGACAGACCGGAGCUCAAGCUGUGCACCCCGGCUACGGGUUCCUGUCUGAAAAUAAAGAGUUCGCCAAGAGACUGGCUGCGGAGGGCGUGGCCUUCAUCGGACCCGACACGCACGCCAUCCAGGCCAUGGGCGAUAAGAUCCAGAGCAAACUGAUCGCCAAGCAGGCCCAGGUCAACACCAUCCCCGGGUUCGACGGAGUGGUGCAGGAUGUGGACGAGGCGGUCAGGAUCGCGGCGGAGAUCGGCUACCCUGUGAUGAUCAAGGCCUCGGCCGGGGGCGGGGGGAAGGGCAUGCGUAUCGCCUGGAACGAAGAGGAGACCAGGGAUGGAUUCCGAUUCUCUUCCCAAGAGGCCGCCUCCAGCUUCGGGGACGACCGACUUCUCAUCGAGAAAUUCAUCGAUGAUCCGCGGCACAUCGAGAUACAGGUCCUGGCGGAUAAGCACGGUAACGCCCUGUGGCUGAACGAGAGGGAGUGCUCCAUCCAGAGGAGGAACCAGAAGGUGGUGGAAGAGGCGCCUAGCACGUUCCUGGACCCCGACACGCGGCGGGCGAUGGGGGAGCAGGCGGUCUCUCUGGCGAAGGCGGUGCAGUACUCCUCUGCUGGCACGGUGGAGUUCCUCGUCGACUCCCAGAAGAACUUCUACUUCCUGGAGAUGAACACCCGUCUGCAGGUGGAGCACCCCAUCACAGAGUGCAUCACAGGACUGGACCUGGUGGAGCAGAUGAUCCGCGUCGCCAAGGGAUACGCCCUCCAGUACACUCAGGCCGACAUCCCCAUCAACGGCUGGGCCAUCGAGAGCCGCGUCUACGCCGAGGAUCCCUACAAGUCGUUCGGCCUGCCCUCGAUCGGCCGGCUGUCCCAGUACCAGGAGCCCACCUCCCUCACUGGCGUACGAGUUGACAGUGGCAUUCAAGAAGGAAGUGACAUCAGUAUCUACUAUGACCCCAUGAUCUCCAAACUGGUGUCCUAUGGGUCCACGCGUGCCGAGGCUCUGCAGAGGAUGGAGGCGGCGCUGGACAACUACGUGAUCCGGGGUGUGACCCAUAACAUCCCGCUGCUCCGGGAGAUCCUCGUCCACCCACGCUUUAUCUCCGGGGACAUCAGCACCAAGUUCCUCCCAGAGGUCUACCCUGAGGGCUUCAAAGGUCACCAGCUGUCAGCCGGUGAGCGCCGGGAGCUGCUGUCCGCCGCCGCCGCGCUGUUCGCGGCCACGCAGCGCCGCUCCCAGAGGUUUCUGGGUAACCUCAGAGUGUCUGGCGCCCAGCAGGAGCAGAGGAAGUGGGUCCUGUCUGUGGAGCUGGAGAACGAGUCCCACACUGUCACUGUCUCCCGCUCUGGAUCCACCUACACGGUGGAGCAUGAUGGGGAACGCCUGGAUGUGUCCAGCGACUGGAACCUGGCGUCUGCUCUGCUGCCCGUCAGCGUCAACGGCUCCCCCAGGAUUUUUCAGUGCCUUUCCCGAAACGCAGGAGGAGAGAUCAGCCUUCAGUUUCUGGGCACAGUGUACAAGCUGCGGGUGCUGAGUGAGCUGGCGGCGGAGCUGAGUCGGCACAUGCCGGAGAAGGUUCCAGAAGACUCCAGCAGCAUCCUGCGCUCGCCCAUGCCCGGCACGGUGGUGGCAGUGUCCGUGCAGCCCGGGGACACGGUGGCUGAGGGGCAGGAGAUCUGUGUGAUUGAAGCCAUGAAGAUGCAGAACAGCAUGACUGCAGCCAAGAUGGCCAAGGUGAAGAGUGUGCACUGUAAGCCGGGGGAGACGGUGGGAGAGGGAGAUCUUCUGGUGGAGCUGGAGUAACGCCCCCCGUGCCUUCCCCACGUCUGGCUGCAGUGUUUCCCUCGUCCAGAAUGAAUACAGCACUUAGACUAGCGGACACAUUCCUCCUGGACCUUCUCAGCUGCGUGGGCUUUGCUCUGAACGACAAACAAAAUGACCUGCGUACGGUCUGCCUUUUACCCUUCCAAGAAGGUUAUCAACUGUAAAAAGAGAAUUCACUACACAUUUAAUUAUUUAUCAGUAUGUUGGCUGUGUGCAUUCAGUGCAUUAAAAUGCAGCGUUUGUGCGUCAUUCACACGUGUGCCCAUCAGUGUGUUUUCCGUUUUGCCACAAACCGCAUUUUUACAACCUGUUGUGCAGAUUAUUAUCUUUACCCUGAAAUAUGGCUGACGUCAGAGUAGACGAGUGACUGCACAUCCAUGGAUGUACGGUAGUCUCGACUUCUGUGAGGGAAAAGUUGAACUAUAUUUCCUGGCAGGGGAAUAUCAUGUUCAGCCUGAACUUUAAAGGGAUGGACCGGGUGGAAGUUUGUUGAUUACUGUGAUUGCAGAAGCUUGUUUCAUUUCACGUUCAUUUUGUAAUAAACCAAUAUUAGAAUUUUUAACAUGGUGCAAAGCCAAAAUAAACAAACUUGAAUCCCUUUAAAAAA